AUGUCUAAUGAACAUGUAUCACAUCUCAAUGAUCUCAUAAUUACUGAAAAUAUAUCAAAUAAUGUGUCAUAUUCAUGUAUAGUUCUUCAACUUCAAUAUAAAGAUUAUCGAAGAAAUUUGAUAAUAGAAAGACAUGCGACAUUUAUGUUUACAGAUACAAUUAGUGAUGUUAUACAAAAGUUUUUAAGAAUUGCUAAUCUUAACGAUGUUCUUCCUGAAAAUGUGGUACUUGUUGAAUUUACUUUUGAUAAUCAACCUAUGAUUCCACCUUCAUCAUAUAAACAUAUGACAUUAAAUGAGCUUAAAACUAAACAAAAUUCCAUCCUCUAUUUCGAACCAUCAGCCACUGUUGCUAUAGCAAGAUUUUCACGUUUAACAAUAUUUGGACCCAGUCGUAUUGUUAAAAGAGAAUGUGAAUGGAAUAAAGAAACAACAACAUUAAAAAUGCUUUUCGACUUUGUUAUUACAACAUUUUCAUUACAAUCGAUUAAACAUGAACAAAUUCGUCUUAUAACUAUAUAUGAUAAUGAACUUGAUAUUAUAUCAAAUUCUGAUAAAUUAUUAUUUGACUUAGGUGUUAAUGAUGACACAUGGAUAUUUGUUCAAGUUGUUGAAUCACAAUUAGGAACAUCUAUAGUUUAUGUUGAUUGUGCUUAUACAAAUGGACGGAAAAUUUUCGAUGUACCGUCUACAAUUUCAAUUGAAAAAUUAAAAAAUCGAAUCGAAAAACAUUUUAAUGAUUAUCGUCUUCUUGAAUUCAAUUUGUUUAAUCGAAUGCAUGAAAAAAUUGAUCAGAAUAUGCCGAAUCAAAUGCUUUGUGAAUUAGAUAUUAAACCUGGUCAAACUAUUUAUGCUGCUCUUCAUUUUACAUUUUCUGAUACUUCAUCAUCUGUUUUAAACAAUAAUACAAGUAAUACAACAACAACAACAACAAGAACUUCGUCAUUAAUUAAAAAACCACAAACGGAUGAAGUUGUUGUUGCUUAUCAAUCUCCAAAUCAUGAUUCAGUCAAAAUUGGAACUAAUAUACAUGAUACUGUUGGUGAAUUAAUAGAAAAUCUAAAAGCUCAUCCACAAUGUCAAACAGUAGGUCAAUAUCAUAUAUCAUGUGGGUCAAUUUGUAUUUCUAAUGAACAACCAAAUCGAUAUUUAUGUACUUAUGGAAUUAAACCUGGUGAUGUAAUUAAUGUUAGACGAGCAGAAAAAACGCCAGUUCAACAAUCGAAUGUUAAUAAUCGUUUUACUUCAUUAUAUACAGUGGGUGAAUUAUCAAGAUCUACUAUAUAUGAUACACGACCUAUUGGUCUAGACAAUCUAAUAAAUACAUGUUAUAUGAAUAGUGCACUUCAAUGUCUUGCUCAUACGAUACCAUUAACUCAAUUCUUUUUAAAUGGUUUAACUCAAAAUAUUUCAGAUGAUAAUCGAAGCACAGAUCCUGAUUGGAAUCAAUUUUAUGAAGUUGGUACAGUAACUGGUGCUUAUGCUGAUGUAUUAAGAAAUUUAUUAUUACGUAAUAAAUCCAGUAAUUUUAAUUUCUCAUUUCGACCUAUUCAUAUGAAGGAAGCAAUUGGUAUUCGAGCUCCACGUUUUGCAACUUCGGAUCAACAAGAUGCUCAAGAGUUUAUGAAUUUUCUUCUUGAUGAAAUACAUAAAGAAAUGAAAGAAGCAAAUGGUAAUGAAUCGAAUAAUAUUAUAGAAGAAUUAUUUUUUGGAAAAAUACAAUCAACUAUAACUUGUCUUGAAUGUAAACAUGAAGUACAAGCAAUAAAUCCAUUUAGUAUUUUAUCAUUACCACUCGUUCAAUCAGGACGUCAAUUUACGAUAAAAUUUAUUGAAUUAAACGGUGGGAAUGAUAGAGCCAUUGUCAAUGUACCCGAGGAUGGUCAAGUCAAAAGUCUUAUACAAGCCUUUGCUGAUGCUCGUCCAAAUUAUUUGUUUUUUCGUUCCAUUAUAGUCAUGACAGAUGAUGGACAAAUUGACUUAGAAAAGCCAUUAAAUCAAUUAUCUGCUACAGAAGUUGUACUUGUUGAACAAGAGGACUGGUCAGGCACUGGACAAGUUAGCCGAUCUACUAAGAAACCAAAACCAUUAACACUUGAAGGUUGUCUACGAGAAUUCUGUUCCAUUGAAAAUCUAGAAGAUACAUAUCUAUGUGAACAGGAAACAUGUAAGAAACAUACAAAAGCUAGUAAACAACUUCAAUUUUCUACUCUUCCACCAAUAAUUAUAAUUCAAUUGAAACGAUUUUCACAUAAAGAUGGUUUACGAGACAAAAUACAAACAUUCGUUGAAUAUCCAGUGGAAGGACUUGAUUUAAGUAGUUUUCUAUCAUCAACAGAAGAGGCUAUUUACGAUUUAUUCGCUGUUACUAAACAUACUGGGUCAAUCUAUGGUGGUCAUUACAUAGCAAUUGCUAAACAUGAAGCAAACGGUAGUAGUUUAUGGUACAAAUUUGAUGAUUCAUAUGUGUCAUCAUUUUGUUAUUCCAAUGAUAUCGUUUCAGACGAUGCAUAUCUUCUUUUCUAUAUGAGAAAAGAUAAAUCGAAGCAAUAA